AUGCUGCGGGCUGCCGUCGCACCGUUUGAAGAAAAUGAAUGGGUCGGCAUCGUGGGUACCGAACGCGUGAUCCGAUACGCAGACAAGGGCCUGUGGGCCGGGUUCUGGAACAUCAUGGGCGCCCUGUACCUGGAGCUGCACAACUUUUACACCUGUCUCUACUGCACACAAGUCCUCCAAGAACCCGCUCUGCUGGCCGGAUUCCUGAACGAGGGCUUCCUGUGGCGUGUCCGGGGGCCCCUGAGUGCCGACGACAACAACUACCUGACGCGGGCGCUGGUCAAGCGCGGCUGGAGCAUUGCCUCGCUAAGGCUGACUUCCUGA